GUGGCCAUCGUGGUGACCGAUGGGCGUCCCCAGGACGGGGUGCAGGACGUGGCCGCCCGGGCCAGGGCCGCUGGCAUCGAGAUCUUCGCCAUCGGGGUGGGCAGGGUGGACAUGCAGACGCUGAGGCAGAUCGCCAGCCAGCCCCUGGACGACCACGUGGACUAUGUGGAGAGCUACAGUGUCAUUGAGAAGCUGACCCAGAAGUUUCAAGAAGCUUUCUGUGUGGUGUCUGACCUGUGUGCCACUGGAGACCACGACUGUGAGCAGAUCUGUGUGAGCACCCCAGGGGCCUACAAAUGUGCCUGCAAGGAGGGCUUCACCCUCAACAACGAUGGCAAGACCUGCAGUGCUUGCAGUGGUGGGCUGGGAGGGGAAAACUCAGCUCCAUCUUUCCUGGCUGACCUGGCUGGAAGGAGCUGGGAUAGUAAAGGUGAAGGGGUUAAUUUACCACUUAACAGCGGGAAAGUGUGGGGCUGGGGGUGCAGAAGGGGUGGUCCCCUCCCAGCUCCACGUCCCCCUGAUGGGAUCCCGUUGCUCCCAGGCUUUAGGAUGUUUGCUGUGGGAGUUGGCAACGCCGUGGAGGAUGAGCUGAGGGAAAUCGCUUCAGAACCAGUGGCUGAGCACUCUUUCUACACUGCUGACUUCAGAACCAUCAGCAAGAUCGGGAAGAAGCUCCAGAUGAAGAUCUGUGUUGAGGAGGAUCCCUGUGAAUGUAAAUCCAUCCUGAAGUUCCAGACCAAAGUUGAAGAUCUCAUCAAUUCCCUGCAGCAGAAAUAUAUCCUUUGGGAGCUGA